AGAAAAAAUAAUUAAUAAAUGGAAUAAAGAGAAUCAAUCACAUUAAAGGGAUAUAAAAUAGAGAAAUAUGAAUAGUAUCUGAAGGGAGAUUCAUUUGAGAUUUAUAAAGCAAAAAAUAUUCAGACAGGGGAAUUAAUAACUUUAAAAGAAAAAUCUAAAAUUACAACAAUAGAGGAGAAUUUAAUAUUACUUUAAUAAAGAGUUAAAUAAUAACAUAUAAUUGAAAUAAAAAUGUAUGAAAAACAAGAACAUAAGGCUUUUUUGAUUAUUGAGAAAACAACAAAAUUACUGAAUGAUUACAUUCGUGAGGAGGAAUAUAAAAGAAAAUAAUAAAUUGAAAAAUGUUUAUUAUUUAUUUAGGUAUUAUUAUUUUAUAAUAGAAAAAGUUAGUUUAAGCUAUUUAAGAAUUCCAUAGAUUCGGUACAUUUCAUCGAAAUUUGAAACCUAUAAACUUUGUUUUUUGUGAAGAUAAAAAUAAUUAAUAAGUACUAAAACUUUUAGAUUUUGGACUUGUAUAAUUAUAAACAGAUAAAGAAUUAAAUAAAUAACUUGAAAUUGGAUCACUUGAAUAUUUAGCUCCUGAAAUUGUGGAUGAUCAUUUUUAUGAUAAAUAAGUGGAUAUUUGGUCUUUAGGUGUAAUUUGGUAUGAAAUGUUAACAGGAGAAAUUUUAAUAAAACAAAACAAUAAAUAAUUAACUUAAGAUAUUAUUGACUCAUCAAUUGAUUAAAGUACAAACUAAAUAAAUCCAAAUAUCAAAAACUUACUAAAAUAGAUGUUAAUUAUCCAAAGUUCAAAAAGAAUUACUCUUGACAUUUUAUUCUAAAAUUUAAAAAUGCUUUGCUAAAAUUAAGAACAGAUAAAUAUUUUAAAAUACUCAUUAGAAUAAAAUGAAUAAAUAAUCGAAUUAAUUAAUUUAAAAAAUCAAAUUAAAUAGUAAUAUCAUCAAUAAUUUAAAGAAUAAUAAUUAUAAAUAUGUGAUAAUAUAUAAAUAUAGAUCAAAAAAAUAAAAAUAGAUAUUAUUUAAGAUGAAAUCAACUAAUUUAUUCAUCAACUAGAUAAUUUAUAUUAAUAAUACAAAAAACCUUACAUUCAAUAGAAAUAUGCAAUUCAAGAAUAAACGAAUUGCAGUAAUUUAGAUAGAUGGCAAAAAGUAGACAAAUUAUUUUAUUAAUUCGAUUAAUAACUAUAGAUUUAAAUAACAAGUUUAAUAUAACAAUUAGAAGAAAAAAUAUAAAAAAGUUAGAAGGAUAAAGAAAAUGAAAUAAAAGAAGAGAUCUCUUUACAAAUUAAAUAAUAACUUUUAUUAGAUUAUAAUUUAAAAAUAUCGAUUAAAGAAAAUGAAAUUUUAGGAUUACCAGCAUAUUUUAUUGGUUAAGAAGCUUUGUAAUAGUAAAUUAUUUAGGUUACAUAAUAUUAGAUAGAAAUUCUUUGUAAAUAGUUAGAUUAAUCAUCAAUAAACUUCUAAAAUAAAUAAUCGUAUUAAUAACUUAAAGAUUUAUUAGUUAAAAUUACAUUAUAGAAAAGUGCAUAAAGAGAAUCACCAAAAGAAGAAGCUGAAAAAAUUAGGGAAUUUUAAAAGUAGUUAUAUAAAAUUAAUAUUGAUGUUGAGUCAAUAAAAAAAGAAAUAGAAUUGGAAUAUUUGAGUUCUAAAUUUUAAAAAGAAAAUAUUACUUUAAUUAACAGAUCUAACCUUUUAUUAAAAUAAUAUAAUACAACCUUAGAUGAUUAAAUACUUAGAUUAGAAGAGUUAAAAACUUUAAAUUUACUAUAAAAUAUAUAAAAUUAAUAAAAUAAUUACUUUAAUGAAAAAAUCUAAAAUUUAAUCAAUUAGAAAUAGAAUUUAAUAUCAGAAUUUGAAUAAUUAUCUAAUUUUGCAAAAGAUUAAAAAAUUGAAAAUAUAAUCAUUAUUAUUCAAAAAAUUAAAAUUUUUAAUGAUAAAAUUAUACAAAUUAACAAUCAUGAAAUAUUAUCAUCUCAAUAAUUUGUGACAGAAUAACUAAUUUUGUAAACAUAAGAUUUAAAUAGUUUGUAGUAAGAAUUAAAAGAUCUUCUUAAUUUAUCGAUUCAUUAAAUAGGAUUAAUGGAAGCACAUUUAUAAGCAACUGAACUUUAUUGUACAGAUAUAGAAAUCAUAAAUAAUUAAAAUUAGAUUAAAAAUGAUAUGUUUAAAACACUUGAAAACUAAAGUAAAUAUUUACAAGAUUGCUAAAGAAUAUUAGAAUAAAAUAAUGAAAUAAUUAAAUCAAAGCUUGACAAAUUUGAUUAAAAAGGAUUUUUGAAUUAAAGAUAUGAAAUACUUUCUUAAAUAACAUAUGAAAAUAAUAAGUUUAAACUUAUUGAAACUAUAAAAUUAUUAGAGUAAGUAAGAGAUAGGCUUAAAUUUCAUGAUGACAAAGAUUUUUAUAAAGAAAUUAUAGAUUCAAGGAAUGAAAUUAAGAAUUAAAAAUUUAUAUUAUAAAAUAUGUUGCAAGAAGUAACAGAAAUAAUUUUAAAGAGCCAAAAUAAUAAUGAUGAGUAAUAAAAAUAGAUUAAAAAAAUUAAAGCUUUGAUUAUUUAAACUUAAUUAAAACUUCAACUUAUACCAUCCUUUUAUAAAAUUUAAAGGUUUAAUUAGGAAUAACAAGAUAAUUAAACUAAUUUAACAGAACUGCUCACUUUGAUUGUUUAUAUAAAAUUAUAUCAUUAUUCGAGAUACUUAAAAAGAGAUUAAUCUCUAAAGAUCAAAAGUUUAUAAAAGCUAAAUUAAGAUUAGUCUUAGGUCUAAAACUAAGCCAUUUUACUUAAAUAUAAUUAAAUAUAAAAUUAAAUAGAAUCAAACAAGCAAGAAGUAUAAUCAAUAAAAAAUAUGAUGGAAGAAUACUAAAGUUGUUUAUAAUAAAAAAAAUAAGCAAUCGAAAAUUCUAUAGUGAAAGAACAUGAUAUUUCUAUCACUAAAAAAAGUGAAAAUUUAGAAAAAGAGAUUAAAACAAAAAUUAGAGUAAAAUUGAAUGCUAAUUUUAGUGAUGAAUUGCUUAUUAAUAGGAUAUUAGAAUAUUAAAAAAUGUUUGAAUUUUCAGUAUUUCUUUGCUAUAAUUCGGCAAUGAAUUGA